AGAGACGAUCUCUGCGCACGGCGCCGUGUUUAUAGUGAACACGGGCAGACUGCAGACUGGUCGAAGGAGACUGUGUAUGUACCUGUGCAUUAAUCUGCCUAACUACGCUACCUGUUCAGCUAUCUAUCGACGGAGGCCAUUAGGUCACCAAAGGACUUGACCUGACCUGGGGCAAUAAGGCCAAAUACUGAAUUGUUCGUUCAUUUGAAGGUGAAUUACAGCUACCACAACAACGCGGUGUGUGUGUGUAUGUGUAUGUGUGUGCGCAUGAUGAACGGCUGAGGAGGAGGAGGAGGAGGAGAAGAAGGAGGCUGCGGUCUGAAACCAGAUUUUAUCCUGGAUAUUUCGAAACCAACGUCGUGUCGUUCACACAAGGGGACCGUGUGUCAGUUUAAUAUGUCGCUGUAUGUCCUCGACCGUCUGUUUCCAUCCUAAUUUUAGAGGGGGGUCGACCCGUUUUCUGCCUCCCGAGGAUCCUCCAGCAGCGGGACGGUGAACGUUUCUCUCCAGAUAUGGAGAGUGAAGAUGCGGAUUACAGAGGAAUCCCCGCCGCUAGUUUAGCCGCAUUUGUUUCAUUACACACAUCAGCACGGCGUUUUUUUCGGCAGGAAUAAACAGUGAAACUAUGAAUACUUGUUGUCUGGCUAGAGGAACAAAUCGGUGAUUUUGGAGCACGGUCGGACUCCCAUUAGGAAACGUGAGAACGCUAUCCUGCUAGCCUGUAUGUAGUAGCUAUUAGCUCCAUUAGCCGGCUAACAGCUAAAAGGUGCUGGCUGGAGAUUAAAAAAGCUCUUUAAUAAUUCUGACAAGGUUUUGCCCACGUUUCCUCCCCUCAACAUAUUUAUUUACAGGAUUUGGGAGGAUUUACUCAUCCAGUAAUGAGGUCUCGAAUGGAAAGGAGCCGCUUGACCUUGUUUUGGGGUCUGAUGCUGGGUCUGUCGUCCUGCCUCCGGCCCGCCACCGCAGAGAUCUGUGGUCCCAGCAUCGACAUUGGCAACGACAUCGGUGAAUUCAGACGUCUAGAGAACUGCACUGUGGUGGAGGGCUACUUGCAGAUCCUCCUCAUCGGUGACAAAAACAACAACGUCAACCAGGAAGGGUUCCGCUCCCUCAGCUUCCCCAAGCUGACCAUGAUCACAGACUACCUGCUGCUAUUCAGGGUAUCCGGCCUGGACAGCCUGAGUGCGCUCUUUCCCAACCUCACAGUCAUACGUGGACGAAACCUUUUCUACAACUACGCCCUCGUGAUCUUUGAAAUGACCAGCCUGAAGGACAUUGGCCUGUACAACCUGAGGAACAUCACCCGCGGCGCCAUCCGCAUUGAGAAGAACCCUGAGCUCUGCUACCUGGACUCCAUAGACUGGUCCCUCAUCAUGGACGCGGAGUUCAACAAUUACAUCGCUGGCAACAAGCAGUCAAAGGAGUGCAGCGACGUUUGUCCAGGCAUCAUGGAGAACAGCCCUCAAUGCAGAAAGACCAUGUUCAACAACAACUACAACUACCGCUGCUGGAAUUCCAAUCACUGCCAGAAAGAGUGCCCAGAGAAGUGUGUACGGAGAGCAUGCACAGCAGACGGCGAGUGCUGCCACCCUCAGUGUCUAGGCAGCUGCACAGUCGCUGGUAGUGACACAGCAUGUGCGGCGUGUGUACAUUACUACUACCAAGGACGCUGCGUGGCCGACUGCCCUCAAGGCACCUAUAAGUUCGAGGGCUGGCGCUGCAUCAGCGCCGAGCUUUGCUCCAAAGUCCACCUCCCCGACUACGACAGCUUCAUCAUCCACGGUGGAGAGUGCAUGUCUGAAUGCCCAUCUGGGUACACGCGCACCGCACCCAACAGCAUGUUCUGUACCGCCUGUGAUGGCCUGUGUGAUAAAGUGUGUGAGGAGAAGGUCAUCGACUCCAUGGAUGCCGCUCAGUCUCUCAAAGGCUGCACUGUUAUCAAAGGCAACUUGCAUAUCAACAUCCGCAGAGGCCACAACAUGGUGGCAGAGCUGGAGAGUUUCACAGGUUUGAUCCAGAGGGUGACGGGCUAUGUGCGGAUCAGACAUUCCCACACUCUGAGCUCCCUGGCCUUCCUCCGCAGCCUCAGAUACAUCGAUGGAGAGGAGCUUCUGGACGACAUGUACGCCUUCUCAGCAUUUGACAACCAGCAGCUCCAGUAUCUUUGGGACUGGAAGCAGCAUAACCUCACCAUCAAGGCAGGAAAGCUGUUCUUCAGAGCCAACCCAAAGCUCUGCACGUCUGAGAUCCGCAAGAUGUGGGAGAAGACGGGCAUCCAGGGCCGCUUUGAUGAGAGCGAUUUCCGAAACAACGGCGACAGAGCCAGCUGUGUAAGCGCUAUCCUGAAGUUUAAGUCCAACAGCACGAGCAGUACAAGGAUCAAACUGACCUGGCAGCGCUACCGUCCCCCCGACUACAGAGACCUAAUCAGCUUUAUCGUCUAUUACAAGGAGGCGCCAUACCAGAACAUCACGGAGUUCGAGGGGCAGGAUGGCUGUGGCUCCAACAGCUGGAAUAUGGUGGAUGUGGAGCUGAGGCCAGACAAGGACUCAGACCCAGGAGUCCUGCUGUCCAGCCUAAAGCCCUGGACGCAGUACGCUGUAUUCGUUAAGGCGAUCAUCCUGAUGGUGGAUGAUAAACACAUGCCUAGUGCGAAAAGCAAGGUGGUCUACAUCCGCACCAGCCCUUCAGCGCCCUCCAUGCCCCAGGAUGUGAGAGCGUACUCUAACUCAUCUACGCAGCUGGUGGUGCGUUGGUCACCCCCUAUCUCCCCAAAUGGAAACCAGACUUACUACCUAGUCAGAUGGCAACAACAAGCUGAAGACAGAGAGCUCUAUCAGCACAACUACUGCUCUAAAGAGUUGAAGAUCCCCAUAAGGAUUGCUGCCAUAGGUGUGGGAGACCAGGAAGAGGACACCAAACCCACUAAGCCAGACCCUGACGGGGCAGACAAAGGCCCCUGUUGCCCCUGCCCCAAAUCAGUCGAGGACCUGGAGGCCGAAGCUGCUGACGCCUCUUACCGAAAAGUCUUUGAAAACUUCCUGCACAACUCUAUUUUUACACCAAGGCCAUCAGAUCGUCGCCGCAGAGAUCUCUUUGGGGUAGCCAACUCCACUCACUCGCGCCGCAACCGGCUGCACACCAACAGCAGCACUGUCCCGCCUCUCCAAGCUGCUGGUAACAGCAGCACUGCAGAUGUGGAGCCAGCAGACAGAGAGUUUGAGUUUGCGGAGCAAGCAGUGACGGAGCGGGAGCUGCAGAUCUCUGGCCUGCAACCUUUCACAGUUUACCGCAUCGACAUUCAUGCCUGCAAUCGACAGGUCCAACGCUGCAGUGCCGCAGAGUUCGUCUUCUCCAGAACCAAGCCUGCAGAAAAGGCUGACGACAUCCCCGGCCCAGUGACCUCUGAGGGCCAUGAGGACUGGAUGUUUCUGCGCUGGCCGGAGCCACAUCACCCCAACGGACUCAUCCUCAUGUAUGAGAUCAAGUUUAAACUGGCUUCUGAGACCGAGAAGCACGAAUGUGUGUCUGCUCAUUUGUAUCAGACUCAGCAAGGCGUUCGGCUGUCCAAUCUCAGUCCAGGAAACUACUCGGUCAGAGUCAGAGCCACAUCGCUGGCUGGCAAUGGCUCCUGGACACCCACUCUGGAUUUCUAUGUGGCUGAACGAUAUGAAAACGUCCUCUACGCUAUGAUCUUUGUUCCCAUUGCCAUCAUCAUAUUCAUCUGCGUUUUAGUCACGAUGCUGGUGGUCCUCAACAGGAAAAGCGACCGGCUUGGAAAUGGAGUCCUGUACGCCUCCGUCAAUCCAGAGUACUUCAGCGCUGCAGAAAUGUAUGUACCAGAUGAGUGGGAGGUGGCACGGGAGAAGAUCGCCCUGAGUCGUGAGCUCGGGCAGGGGUCCUUCGGCAUGGUGUAUGAGGGCUUGGCGAAGGGCGUGGUCAAAGAUGAAACGGAGACCCGGGUCGCAAUUAAGACCGUCAACGAGUCGGCCAGCAUGAGGGAGAGAAUAGAGUUUCUCAAUGAAGCCUCUGUCAUGAAGGAGUUCAACUGUCACCACGUGGUUCGUCUCCUGGGGGUGGUUUCUCAGGGCCAACCCACCCUGGUCAUCAUGGAGCUAAUGACUCGGGGAGACUUGAAGAGCUACUUACGCUCUCUCCGACCGAAAGAGCAGCAGUGGUCGAGCCUGUCGCUCCCUCCUCUGAAGAAGAUGCUUCAGAUGGCCGGUCAGAUCGCCGACGGCAUGGCUUACCUCAACGCCAAUAAGUUUGUCCACAGAGAUCUGGCAGCCAGGAACUGCAUGGUGGCUGAGGACUUCACUGUAAAGAUAGGAGACUUUGGCAUGACCAGAGACAUCUAUGAGACCGAUUACUACCGCAAAGGUGGUAAGGGUUUGCUCCCCGUCCGCUGGAUGUCACCCGAGUCUCUGAAGGACGGAGUCUUCACCACCACCUCUGAUGUCUGGUCGUUCGGGGUUGUAUUAUGGGAGAUUGCAACUCUGGCAGAACAGCCCUACCAAGGUCUGUCCAAUGAGCAGGUGCUCCGCUUCGUCAUGGAGGGAGGGCUGCUGGAGAAACCACAGAACUGUCCUGACAUGCUGUUCGAGCUGAUGCGAAUGUGUUGGCAGUAUAAUCCUAAAAUGCGUCCAGCCUUUGUGGAGAUCAUCAGCAGCAUAAAGGAUGAGCUGGAGCCAUCUUUCAGAGAGGCCAGUUUCUUCUACAGCGCCGAUAACAAGCCGCCCGAGGCUCCGCAGCUGCACCUGGACAAGAUGGACAACAUGGACGACAUUCCUCUGGAACCCCCCUCUUCCACACAGCCACAGCAAACCCCAGUCUCCCAACAGACCCCACCCUCCCCAAGCUCAGAGGCUCCACCCGCCCCGUCGCUAGCACCCAGCUCCCCCUCAUCUCCCUGUACAUCCACCGCUGCCACGGACAAGCAGCCCUCUGGCCAGCAGGCAGCCAACGGGCUGUCAGGGGCGGGCCUUGCAGCGGGGUCAGGGCUCGGAUCGGGCUCAGUGCGGCCAUCUCUGGACGAACUGCCGCCGUACGCACACAUGAACGGAGGACGCAAAAAUGAACGGGCCAUGCCUCUCCCGCAGUCCUCCGCCUGCUGAUUGGACAGACACCCACCAGACUGCACACCCUGCCACCUGCUGCUCCGCAGAACCUGAGGUCUCAGUGGGUGUGGCCUCCUUUUUUUUUUUUUUUUAUCUCAUACAGCAAAACCAUGUCCACCUGCUGGGUGUAGCUACUCAGUGAGGAGCAAAGACUCACAGGAAGACUGUCACUAAGUCCAUGUUCUGCUGUACCUCCACACACUUUCUUUCCAUAUUAUUCUAGUUUUGGUUUCUACCAGCUGGCUGUCAGAUGUGACACUGCCCUUGCUGCUGAGUGGGAAGACCAAAAAACGGUAAAAGAAAGAAAAAAAUUGUAAUUUUGGGGAGACCUCUCUCUUUAUGGCUGAACUUAUUUUAUAUAUUGUUGUUUGUUACUUUUUUAUAUGUAUUUCCAAAUGGGAAAACAAAAUGUGUAGGCCUUUAUAAAUGACCGGCGUUUUGGUCGCUUUUGGGCGGGCAUUAUGGUGAAACUGUUGCAUAAACUAAAUGCAUAUCUAAUGAAAAAGCACUUCAGAGAGGUCAGGGUCUCCAUCGGUCGUUCAGUAGUCUCAUUGCUCUGCAGGCUGGUUGUCAGCGUAAUGCUGGGUCAACAGCCGAUCCGCUGAAACAAAGAACCAGAGGGAGAAAGGUCAAAUCUGCCAAAUUAGUUGCCAAAAUUGUACUUUUUGUCAAAUUCUCACUUCUGUAGUCUUGCCCUUCUCCAAACACACCGGAUUGAAAAUGGAGGCAACAAAAAAAGCACUUUGAUCUGCUACCACACCGUUCUUAAAAUCUGUGAUCAAAGGGGAUAUUGACUUCCCUCUACAGUCCUACACUACUCUUCUAUUUUUGUUUGAUAUCCACCGCUACUGUACUCAACACAAAUUGAAGUCAUGGACCUUGGUUACAUCAGUUUAUCUGAAAUUGAGCCACAUCCUCUCACAAAGUGCUGUUCUGUUGUGGUUUAAAAGCCAAAUCCAGUCAAUGAAGAAGCAAAAAAAAUAAAUCCUUGAAGCAAGGACUGCGGAGGGAAGAGCGUAAAGUGGAAAAACCAAUAUGAACACUAUAUCUAUAUCGUCUCUUAAUUGGGGUUUGCUCUGAGUUCAGAGGCAUCCUUGUUGUUGUAUACAAACAGGUAUUUUUUUAGACUAGUCAUUAGUCUCCAACAUUUAAAACAUCUCUACGUGGGCAGAGCAUUUAUGUACGCAACCAGUUUUUGUGUCACUUUUUUAACUUUUAUACGGUUGGAGACAUUCAUCAUGUACAGAAAGAAGCUGCUAUUCCUUUAUUUCUCUUGUGGUUGUAAUAUAGUUAAUAUCUAUCUAUCUAUAUAUAUAUAUCUAUAUCUAUAUAUAGAUAUAGAUAUCUAUAUCUAUAUAGAUAUAUAUAGAUAUAUAUAAAAAGAGAUGAACUACGAACGUUUCCACUACAGUCCAUUUUUUAAUGCUUGUAAUUGUGUAAAGUGUAUCUGAGCUGGUUUCGUUUCUGUGUUCGCGUAAAGGUACGACAAUUUGCCUUGUGUUUUGAAACACCGGUAACUUCCCCUCCCAUCUGACUAGAGGACAGUGAUGGUACCCGUAACCAUCGAUGCUCUCGUGUUCUCUCGGGAUGCCUCAACCUCUGUCCUCUAGGGUAUAUACUCAUACUCAGAGUCAGGCUUCACUGCUGAGUCCCAACUAAAUCUCAGGUCAAAGAGAAAAAUUUAAUCCUUUUGUACUUUCCUUUUCUUUUUCUCUCUCUCUCUCUCUCUUUUUGUGCUGUUAUUACAUUGAGACAUCCAGUCUGGUGUGUGUGUGUGUCUGAUUCUAUGUCCCUCUGACUCUGCUAUUUCAUUUUCUGUGAUUGUUAGACAAGAGCAGUGUUUCUGAGACCAGAAGGGGGUUUGGAUGGAUGGAUUCUUGCACUUAUUGAAUGGAGCCCCAAUACUGGCAAAAUGUAGUAAAAGGUUAUCAGACAAGUCAGAAUAUAAGUGAGUACAUACAUAAAUAAUAUUUGGUCACAUUUAAUAAUUUGUCUACUCCCAAUUUCCCUGAUUUGUUAAUUUUAUUUUAGCCAGCUACCUAGCUGAAGCUGACUUUUAUCAUAAAAGCCCCCCACUUAGUGCACGUAAUGUUAAUCAUCCAUAUACUGUGCUGCAUACUUGGAUGGACUUAUUUCCACUCUGGACAAGAGACAUGCACUUAAAGACGAAGAAGCCAGUUAAGGUUGUUAGCAUAGCUUUAUGAUUAAAGUUAGCUGCAGCCAGGUAGCUUGCAGAAACCACUUGUGCUCUGUGUCUUUAGCUAUCAGUUCGAUUAGGUGACAGUGUGAGUUGUAAGAGCGAGAAUGAAAUUAGGAAAACUAUGGAGCUAUUGAAAAAGAAUAGAGGCGUGAAAUGAAUUACAUUUUAGUAUUGACAAGUUUUAUAUUUCUGUUUACUCUCCAUUUUAAUCAUUUAGACAACAGUUCUAUUUUUGACCUGUCUGAUAACCUUUUAUUAACUCGUGUCAGUUCCAGUUUUCCAUAUGUUUGUGCUGUGUAAUAACACUGGCUUCAAGGUACAAAGUAAAUGCAAAACGAUUUAUUUAAAUGUAGCAGCGAGCCUUCACAUCUCUAAAGGCAAGUGCAAAAAACCCCCUGUCUGUAGGAUAACUUCACUUCCUGCUAAUCAACCUCUCUCUUGAAUCUAGCGUGGUUUUCUGUAUGCUGCUGGAGCAAUCCACAUUAUUUAUCUUUUUACAACAUAUUAACGUGUUUGUAGACGAUUGCUGAAGUUAAAUUGCGUUGAGAAAGGAGUGGAAUUAUCUUACAGCACUGAGAGAUUUGUUUUAAUGCUUCGGAAAAAGUAACUGAGGAUGACGCUAAAAACAUUGAUGAGAAGAGCACAUUUAAAUGAUUAUAAUAUUAAAACUGAUGAACUAACUGAGCAUAAACAGACUGCUUUAGGUUCAUGGGAGAAACCAAUCGCACUAAAAUAUGAAGACGAUCAUGGAAUAGUGGAAUAAUUAAAGGCCCAUUCACCUCAGAAAGUUUUCAUUCCCAGCCCAGAUGUUCCUUGGUUACUUUUUUUUUUUUUUUUUUUUUGUGAAAUCACUGUACAAAUUCCCCACAGGUCUUUUUUCCUUCAGAUUUUUUUUGAUGUUCUUUUGCCCUUUUGGAGGAAGGUUUUGUUAUCCCUUCAACCAUCCAUCUACCUCACUCUUUUUUCAAUCUCUUUACAUGUACAGAAAAACAGAACAUCUCAUCUCUGUUGUCCGGCUGUAAUUAAACCUUACGGAGGGCUGUUUUAAUAUGGUCAAAUUCAAACCACAAACCAAACCAUCCUGGAGGGGGGAGGAGGAGGGGGCACAGAAACACGGUGAAUGAUGAAAACCAGGUUCAUGCUGGUAAAUGUUUCCCUCUGGUCUUGCAGGUAAUCAGCAAACCAUUCAGGCUCCUCAAACCUACAGCCUGAAGUCCGGCCUCAGUUUGUGCCUCUCCUGUACCGCCGUUACAUUCGAGUGACAUCGCUGUGCAUAUGGGGUUUUUGGUUUUUGUUUUCUGGGGCGGGGAAGGGGGGUCGUAAUUUAACAACGCAUACUGCUGUUCCGAAGGCAUUUCCAGAAUCCUCAAAGACUCUUUGAACAUCACUUUGAUGAACAUGAUGUUUAACCUGUUUACCCAAGUUGGGACUAUAUUACAUAGCUCCCUGCUUAUUUUGUACAACACAAGAAAAAAUAUGAACACAUUAUUCUGAAAAUAAUACAGUGUACUAGGUUUGAGCGAGUACUCUGCUGCAGUGCGCGUCAGGUACAGAUAAUGUACUUUUUUACAAGUAUUAUCAGAGUACAAUCUGUCAGUAUCCGUACUUGUAAAUAUAGCAACUUUUCUAUAUAAAAAAAGUCUUAAAAUAGUUUCUCUUGUGAUCAAAAAACGUUUUUCUGAAGGUCAAUUCUGAGGCUGUUCUCUAAAUAGUGUUCUAAUAAAUAUAGCAACUUCUGAUCAACCCAUAUGGAUUUCAGGCUUAAAUGAACAACUCCGGGGUAGUCCCACACACUUUUUAGUAGGUUGAGCGGAUACAGAUAAUGGCCAUCUCUACAGUGUAGCAUGUAGACUAAUGUAACUGAUAAUGAAACUUGUACACAUUGCACACAGACGUAUGGUGUUUCCGGCUGCCAUCUCUGUUUGGAUUAGGAGAUUCUUUUAGUUUUUUUUUUGUUUCGUGCUGCAGACAGAAUAUUUUUUAUCCAGAUGGUUAACCAGAGUCUUUGAGGAAUUUGUAAAUCCCUUCAGAGUGUUCAGUGUUGUUUCUGGGUUUUUCCAAAGAAAUAAAUCGCAUGCUUAGCUCUGUGAAUGUAAUGGUAAUACAUAAGAGGCACAAACGAGGCUGCCAGAAGGCAUCCGUUGGGGGAAAACAUACAAUCUUUUAAAUCCAUAUAUGGCUUGUUACAUUGUGCUUUUGGUCAUUAUUAAAAGGGCCAUACUGUCUUUAAGCAAGAAGUAAUUUACUGACUGAAAACUAUUGAUUUUCUGGUCUAGGCGUGUGUCUAAAGAUGCUGUUACAAUAUCUUCAAACACUUUGACCCAUUAGCAAUGGAACUGGAGGCAUGUAGAUACAGGACUGCAGUCUUUCACCACAUAAAGAUGGACAUUAUGGGACUUCUGUCAGUCGCCUCUGGCUGCUUUGUGGGGAUCCGUUUGUCUAGUCUGGGACAGUUUACACUGGUUAACUUUCAACACAACACCAUUUAUGACAUUCUGUCAAUCAUUUGUUGGAUAUAUAGUGAAAAUGAUAACGUGUGUGUAACUGUUAAUGACAUUUCCAUUCUCAGUCUUUGCUGAAACCUUCUGUUUCUCAUCAGUAAUUAAUGAAACCACACAGAGCAGAAGGAAGUCAGUCAACAUCUGGUUUGAUUGUUCAAAGACUGGUGACCUGAGAGCUGAUUUGUAUUGGUUGCUAUGGUAACACCUCUGGUAACCGAAGAGCUAGUUACUGAUGUUUUGUGUAUUACUUCCUCUUGAUUCUCCAGGGUUUCUUUUUUUUUUUUGCCAUUAUGGGACUUUGGCAUUGUACCUAGACCUUUUGCCACAGUGAUCAUAAUCCCAGUUAAAAGCAUCUUUACUCUUCUCUUUUCCUUCCCUACCUAAACUGGUUUGUAGUCUCAGGCUGGGAGUGAUUUUGGGUUCUGGUUACGAGCCUGAUGACAGCCGAGUGGUUAGUGUGGUGGCGGUUUUGUGCCAGUGUGUACUGAUAUAAGAUCAGGAUGGUCUUUCAGUGUUUGUGGUCUGAUUUUUGCCUCACUUUUACCACUGGAACACCUCACAGAGCGGACAUAAAAUCAAACAAAUUUCUUCUUUUUUUUUUUUUUUUUUCCUUUUGUCACAUUGAUGGCCAAUUUGUUAUCAAGAUUUUGAUGUGUGUAAAUUAUUCAUAGCCUUCCAACUCUUGCGUUUCUAUUGAAAUGAUCUGUUAGACUGAGGUUUCAUUUUGGUUUUCUUUUGUUCUGCUAAGAAUUUUUCCUGUUAUCAAUAUAUUCUGAGUACUGGGAAAAAUUACUGGCUGAAGGAAAAGAGAACGUCUGUUUCUCCGAUUCUUUUUUUCUACACAAGAUUUAAGAUGAAUAAAAAUGUAUGCAAACUGUU